AUGCGGAAGGUGCUCCAUGCGGGGCUGUCUAUCUGCCUGCGGAAGAAGAAGAAGGGCAAGCAGAGCAAGACAGGCGUACCCAAAGAGGAGUGUCCCGCGGAUCAACCAUGCGUCACAAAGGUGAAGGCGCGCCGAUUGGGGCUCACAGGGCGGCACGGUGGGAGUGCACAUAGUGGGGGUGGGGCGUCGGAGGAGGUGGUUGAGCCUGCGAUCCGUCAGAAAAAGAAGGCGAAACGGCUAAAGGGCGAGCUCGAGACAUAUUUGCCGAGUGCCGAGGGGGGCAGUGCGACUACACCGGGGCAGGAAGCUCUCCGCGUAGCGCGGAGCAAGGAACACAAGCGUAGCUCGGCCACGGACGCCCCUGCUGCUUCGAAGAAGCCGAAGGUGGAUGGCCCUUCUGUCCCAAACGAUGGUCAGAUCAAGGGUGCGGCCGCAUUCCGUGCUGCUCACCAGAUUGUGGCUCCCGAGGUCUGCGCUGCCCCCCUUGAGACGUUUGAGAGCGCGUCUCAUCUGCUGGGCCCAGCCCUCGUCAAGGCUCUGCGCAAGCAGGGGUACGCGGCGCCGACGCCGAUCCAGGCGCAGGCAUGGCCCAUAGCGUUUCAGGGUAACGACCUCGUCGGUGUAGCCAAGACCGGCAGCGGCAAGACGUGUGCGUUUCUGAUGCCCGCGCUCGCCCGCCUCAGCGGCAGGACUCCUGGGCAGGAGCCGGGAUGGCAAGAGCCCGCGCGCCCGCACGGUGGCGGAUUAUCUCCCACGCGGGAGCUGGCGCAGCAGAUCACGUUAGAGGCAAAGAAGUUCGCGCCCGUGGUUCGAUGUCUGGUCGUCUGCCUUUACGGUGGUGUGCCCAAGGACGAGCAGGUCCGCGACCUCAGGUUUGGCGCAGACCUGGUCAUUGCGACUCCAGGCCGCCUGCUGGACCUUUCAAAGGGCGACGCGGCGCGUGCCCUCUACCCAGCGAUUUCCAUGGAGGCGGUGUCGUACCUGGUCCUGGACGAGGCGGAUCGCAUGCUGGACAUGGGCUUCGAGCCCGACAUCCGCAGGAUCGCCAAGGCCUGCCGGCAGACGGGCAGGCGAGGCGAGGGCUUCGGAGCUGGAGGAGCCCAGGCGGGAGCCCGCCGCCAGACGCUCUUCUUCACGGCAACCUGGCCUGCGGCCGUGCAGCGGGCCGCCGCUGCCUUCACCAGCAAGAGCGCCGUGCAGAUCCGGAUCGGUCAGGGCAGCGACGGGAAGCAGGUCACGGCCAACUCGAGCGUGACCCAGACGGUGCUGGUGAUCCCCGAGGAGGAGAAGCUGAGCCGGCUGAAACAGAUCCUCGAGACGGAGCUGCGCCCCGGCGAGACCGCGAUUGUCUUCGCCACGCGGAAGACUACGUGCGAUCAGUUGGAGGAGAUGCUUAAGAGUGCGACCGUGAGCAGCAACAGCGGGGUGCGAGAUCCGGCCCAUCCAUGGGUCAAGACCAUGGGGCCGGUCCCACUUUGCGCAUGGGUCCGGGCCAUCCAUGGCGACCGGGAGCAGUGGGAGCGCGAGCAGAACCUCAACGCAUUCCGCUCGAUGACAACCAAGCCACAGGCACACAGGAAGGCUGUUCUGGUCGCGACCGACGUGGCAUCGCGGGGCUUGGACAUUCCUGGUGUCGCCUUAGUGGUGGUUUUUGAUUUCGGUGGGGAGGCCGAUCGUCCUGGUGUGGAUUCGUAUGUGCACCGCAUUGGACGCACGGGACGGGCGGGAAGGACUGGCAAGUCAUUCACCUUCUUCACACCAGAGGAUGCAGGGGCGGGCGCUUUCGUUCAGCUGCUGCGGAAUGCUCAGCAGGAGGUUCCAGCCGAGCUCGACGCCCUGGUGAAGCAGGAGGCGUCCUGGGGCGAUCCGAAGUGGUGGAAAAGGUCGGGUGGCGGUGGCAAGGGUAAGCUGGAGAAGGGUUAC